CGAUUCCUCAGGUUCCUGGACGGGGAAUCCGGCACAGAAGAAACGUCCAUGCGCUGUGAUCUACGUCGAUCAGCGCACCACUAUACCCAUAGUAGCUCCAUUGUGCGGAGCAGUGUAUAUGAAUGCAGGUUGGCAAAGACGCUACCAGGUGCACCGCUUGCUUCGGAGAUAACAUUGAUGAGUAUUUACGGCUUAACCUCUUCUUGACCAAUUAUAGAUGGUCGUGGAUUGGUGGCACCCCGUACUAUUCGCCAAUACUGGCGUUCCCGUGCCUGCAGAUGGUGCUAGUAUCCAACGUCAGCCGAUUAUCAUCACCCAUAACCCCUUGUAUACAAAGCCGCCAUUCAUACCGCACUUCAAGCCAAGCUAUAUAUGGGCUGGAGACUCCGGUGAAUGGGUAGCACAUCAAAUGUUGCAGGAAUUAGAAUCAGCGGGUGGAUACGUGCGAGUUGAUGCCGCACAACUCAACCAGCUGUUGGCGUGGCGGGAUUACUGGGUAUUACUGGAAUCGUCCUCCUGCAUAAAGUAAUAGGCUCGAAGUCAGCCAUGGUAGACUAUGGCCAAUGCCUUAGACCUUUGAUUACUGGAAAAAAUAGGGAAGAUGUAACACCUUCGGAAUCCCAAGGGUUCUAUAAUUAUUUCACUUAUGCAUCAACAAGAUAAAUGGUUUCCACUCGUC